AUGGCAGAUGUGAAGAUUGAACUCUUGGAAGGCUUGCUCCGUGAGGACAAAGGAGCAACAAAUCCGCGGCAGUUCGGACGCACGCUGGCUUCGGCAUGCACCGCCGGACUGGCUGAUGGCAAUGUGGCGCCGGGUGAAGCUGGCCGGCUUCCGGAAACUCAGCUUCAGGACACUCAGUUGACUCUGGGAACCUGCGGUUCCGACUUUCCCAGCGACGAUGACUUGAUCAAGGCCUUACGCUUAUUCGCCAGAUUC